ACAUGGGUGGUUCAUCAUGUGCCAUCUGCUCUACUUUGGCAGCUUUGGAAUUGGAUCUUCCACUCAAUAUUAUUACUGUUGCAAUGCUCUGUGAGAACAUGCCAAGUGGAAUCGCAACCAAACCUGGUGAUGUCGUCACUGCCAUGAACGGUAAGACCAUUGAGGUUGACAAUACUGAUGCUGAAGGCCGUUUAAUUUUAGCUGAUGGUUUGUGCUAUUUGAGCGAUAAAAAGCCACAAACUCUCAUUGACAUGGCAACCUUAACAGGUGCUGUCAUUAUUGCACUCAGCCAUGUGACUGCAGCAGUUUUCAGUAAUUCAACGCCAUUGGUCGAGGAAUUGGAAAAGGCAAGCUUCCAAACCAGCGAUUAUUUGUGGAGAUUACCAAUCUUUAGAGAAGAUUAUUUGGAACAAAUGAAAUCAGAUGUAUCCGAUUAUAACAAUAUUGGUGGUAGACCAGGAGGUUCUUGCACAGCUGCUACCUUCCUUAGUGAAUUUGUUGACUUCUCUAAGGUGAAACAAUGGGCUCACCUUGAUAUUGCUGCUGUCACCAAGACCAAGGUCGGUUAUACUGGAAGACCAACUCGUGCUGUUAUUGAAUUCUUGCAACAACGUGCAAGAAAGUAA